UCGUCGACCGAUAUAAAUAACUGCUCGCUUCGCACACUCCGGUCGCCAUCGAGCUCCUUGUUGCUGAACUCGCUUCUCUAGCUCUAAGCCUCUAGUUGCACAAGCUGGCAGGCUCAAGUGCUCUAGCUCCUCCUAACAGAAACUACACUAGAGAUCUCCGGCCGGCCGCCGGCGGCGCUGAUACACUGCAGGCACAUACGACGGUCGCGUUCAUGGCCGGCGGGUCGCCGUGCGCGUCCUGCAAGCUGCUCCGGCGGCGGUGCACCAAGGACUGCAUCUUUGCCCCCUUCUUCCCCGCCGACGACCCCCACAAGUUCGCCAUCGUCCACAAGGUCUUUGGCGCCAGCAACGUCAGCAAGAUGCUCCUGGAGCUGCCGGUGCAGCAGCGCGGGGACGCGGUGAGCAGCCUGGUGUACGAGGCGAACGCGCGGGUGCGGGACCCGGUGUACGGCUGCGUGGGGGCCAUCUCCUUCCUGCAGAACCAGGUGUCGCAGCUGCAGAUGCAGCUCGCCGUCGCGCAGGCCGAGAUCCUGUGCAUCCAGAUGCAGCAGCGAGACGGCUGCCAGGCCCAGGACGACGCAGGGCGAAGCGACGGCCACAGCCUGGCGGCCAUGCAGCAGAUGGUCGUCGACGACACCGCGGCGGCAGAGGCUUUCCUGAUGCAGAACGGCGGCGGCGGCUUCCCGCCGCAGCUGAUGAGCAGCUACGGCGGCGCGCCGGCCUCCAACGUGCAUCACUACGGGCAGCAGGACCACCUCAAGAGGGAGUCCCUGUGGACGUAGCUAGCUAGUCAAAGUCAACUUGUGUAGGACUUAGCUUGUCGCUAGCUAUGCACGUGUAGGGGUUUAGGUUAAUUGCGUUAUGAUGACUCUUCUCUUAUUUUUACAUUUUGAACUCCUCUCUCUCUCUCUACCUCUCCCUGCUGGUGUUGUUGUGUUGUACUAGGUGUUUGAUCCAGAAUUAGUACGAGA